AGUUAAAGUUCAGAUUCCAUAUCAAGAGCGAGUGUGAAUUAAAUCAAUUGCCAUCUCACUCAUAUUUCACAACCAUACAAAAAAACUCGUAAACAUAGAUUAAUUAUUCUAGAUUAUCAUCAUAAAAAUCAAUCUAUCUAAGUGAACCGCUAAACCACGCCCCGAUACUCUAACACAGAAUCACAAUAGAUCUUUUUGAUCCCCUUUUGGAACAUACUCUGGGAUCUCCCUAACAAAUCCAGUCUUGACAACUCCACCACUAACCCUCCUCUCUUCUCCUCCUAUUUAAACAACUCUCUCUCCUCUUUUUCUUAAUUAAUCCCACUUUCUCUCUCCUCCAUCUUUCUCUCUCUAAAACCAGACUAAUUAUAAUGGAUGCUCUCCACUCUCCUCCAAAUGACCUGGAAACCAACCAACCCCUCCUCCAACCCACCCAAAACCGACCCGAACCCGAAUCCCCAAUCCACAAACCCAUCAAAGGCCUCGCAGUAAUCAGCCUCUCAUGUAUGCUAAUCCUCUCUCUAAUGGCGAUCAUUUUCAACGGCCAGAACACCCACCUGCCAUUGUCGUCGGAAAACCGCCGUACUCCGUCGCCGGAGAAGGUGAUUCCGGCGGUAACUUCUAGAGGAAAAAUGGAAGGUGUAUCAGAAAAAGUUUUCCGAUUAGAAGAAUCUGAAGAAGGAGUUUCGUUUCCAUGGACGAAUGAUAUGCUGAUGUGGCAAAGAAGUGGCUACCAUUUUCAGCCGGAAAAAAAUUGGAUGAAUGAUCCUAAUGGUCCAUUGUAUCACAAAGGAUACUACCAUCUAUUUUACCAAUACAAUCCAGAUUCAGCUGUUUGGGGCAACAUUACAUGGGGACAUGCAGUUUCAACAGACCUGAUUCACUGGAAAUACCUCCCAAUUUCCAUGGUACCUGAUCAAUGGUAUGACAUCAACGGUGUAUGGACAGGUUCAGCUACAUUUUUGCCAGAUGGCAACAUCAUGAUGCUUUACACUGGUGAUACUGAUCAAUUUGUGCAAGUCCAAAAUCUAGCCUACCCUGCCAACUUAUCUGAUCCCCUUCUCCUUGAUUGGGUCAAAUAUUCUGGGAAUCCUGUUUUGACCCCGCCCGAGGGUAUUGGGGCUAAGGACUUUAGGGACCCGACUACUGCGUGGUUGGGACCCAAUGGAGUAUGGAGGUUCAUAAUUGGGUCGAAAAAGGGUAAAACCGGUAUUUCACUAGUUUAUAAGACUAAGGAUUUUAAGUCUUAUGAACUUGAGGGUAACCUACAUGGGGUGCCGGAUACGGGUAUGUGGGAAUGUGUUGAUUUUUUCCCGGUGUCGACCACGGGCCAAAACGGGCUUGAUACCUCGGCUUAUGGGCCGGGUUUGAAGCAUUUUUUAAAGGCUAGUUUGGAUGAUAAUAAGCAGGAUUAUUAUGCAUUGGGUACAUAUGAUAUGGAUACUCAAACUUGGACACCCGAUAACCCGGAAAUGGAUGUGGGUCGUGGAUUGAGAUUGGAUUAUGGGAAGUAUUAUGCAUCAAAGUCAUUCUUUGACCAGAAGAUGCAGAGGAGGAUUUUGUGGGGUUGGGUUGGAGAGACUGAUACUGAGGCUGAUGAUUUGUUGAAGGGAUGGGCUUCUUUGCAGACAGUUCCAAGGGUUGUAACCUAUGAUUCAAAGACUGGAACCAACAUUAUUCAAUGGCCAGUAAAGGAAAUAGAAUCCUUGAGAACAGACGACACAGUGUAUGAUAACCUUGUGUUACAACCAGGAUCUACCAUUAACCUUAACAUAACCUCUGCUGCACAGUUGGAUGUAAGUGCUGAAUUUUUGGUAGAUCAAGAGGCUUUGAAAUCAACAGUAGGAAAUGAUGUGAUCAACAACUGCAGUGCUGCAGCUGUUAGACAGGCUUUGGGUCCAUUUGGGCUUUUGGUUUUGGCUGAUGAAUCUCUUUCUGAGUUCACUCCUGUUUACUUCUACAUUGCUAAGGCUUCUGAUGGAUCUGUUAAGAAUUGGUUCUGCACUGAUCAAUCAAGGUCAUCUAAGGCUUCCGGUGUAGACAAGCAGAUCUAUGGAGGGUCGGUACCAGUUCUAGAGGGUGAAAAAUACAGCAUGCGAUUACUUGUUGAUCAUUCAAUAGUAGAAGCCUUUGGGCAAGGAGGGAGGACAUGUAUAGCCUCUAGAAUAUACCCAACAAAGGCAAUCAACGGGAUGGCACGAGUUUUCGUCUUCAACAAUGCUACUGAUUCGAGUGUUACGACUUCUAUCAAGAUUUGGAAACUAAAAUCAGCCAAUAUUGGUCCUUACAAAUUUUGAUCAUUGAAUAUAAUGUAUGAAUAUGAUGAUCCAGUUUUUUUGUAUCAAUUUAUAUCACAUUUUGCCAAGGGAGGAAGCUAGAGUAAGGGAAAGUUGUCUUGAGUUGUGGGGAAGUGUUGUAUUGAUUAAGUUACAUCAUAAUGUAUGGUUCUUAAUUCAUGAGGCAAAAUGUAAACUUUGUUGGAUAAAAGCAGUAAAAGCAAUUGAAAUCAUGAGAAAUUCCCCACUAUGACAAUUAUUACAUCAUAGCUUUAACGAGUGUAUGAGUUCUAAAUUU